AUGUUUGAGCGUUCUUGCCAGCUUUUAUACUUCUUCACAUUCGCUUUUCUGCGAACAUCCAUCGCCGAGUAUGAGCUUAACUGCGACACGACGCUCCACGGUCCUUUCAGCGGUGAAAUUACUCACUAUGAUUACGCCGAUGAUGCGGCUGCCGGGGCCGGAGCGUGUAUGAUUGACACGGAAGGCGACAUCAUGGUCGGUGCCAUGAAUGUACCAGAUUUGGAUGAAUUGCUGAUGUGUGGGCAAUGUGUGGAAAUAACCAAUGAUAUUGGCGUUAAGAUUGUUAUCAUUAUCGUCGACUCAUGUCCCGAGUGUCACUUGAAACACGAGCACAACAUUGACCUGAGCCAACCUGCCUUUGAACUGCUCUACCCCUUACAACGUGGACGAGUGAUGAUCACAUGGCGAGUCGUCGAAUGCAAUGUUGCUGGAAACAUAAGAUACAACUUCAAGUUUCCCACAAGCCCAGGAAGCUACUGGUGGGGGUUGAAAAUACUUGACCAUAUCCACGGAAUCAGAAACGUAUCGCUGUACCCGGGAGCGGAGGGCGAUGAUCGCGGUUGGGUCGAGUACGAAAUAACCGUUAAUCAAAACUUCAAAAAAACUACCGGAACACCCCGCAUAGACUUUCCGUUUCACGUGCGGAUUACUUCAGUUUACGGUGUCACUAUUGAAGACUACAUCGAAGAAGUAGCCACCCGUCAAUCAAACACAAUCGCUGGCGCCGUACAGUUUGUUAGCGUAUGCGACAGUGGUGUACACUUGAACGUGAAUUCAACUAACGGUACGGACUUGGGGUGGAACAGCGAGGCAGCGGCAACAAUGUACCGCCCAAUAUUUAAAUUGCAAGUAAUUGCACUGGUAAUAUCCUUCCAGCACAUUUUUGGAUGA